UCCCCCUGGCACGACUUUCUGACAAAUAUGCAGAAGCAAAACUUGGUCCUCUACCCGUAUCAUCGCCAUCACUUCCUGAAGAUUCAACAGGAUGUGGAUCUGGAUUGCCUGAACCAAUAUCCAUCGCAAGUGACCAGAUAACACAGUCUGACAGCCAUGCAGAUUCUCCGCUCCAUCCAAACAUGCAGUGUGGUCAGAGAAAUCCUGAAACAUGUGACAAUUUCAUGUGUACUGAUGAAGUUUGGGCAGCGUGUCCAGAGUGCUUGUGUUUCUUAUGCUUCCUUCAUUUUAACUUACGUGAUGAUUGCCUUUGUCAUAAUCUUGCAUUCAAUCUCAGUGAAAUUCCACUUGACAUCAGUUCAAGUGCAUCACAGUACCAAGGGCUCACCAACGAAGAAGAAAGGAACAAUGAAGACGAGGUUAUGCCGUUAAUGGAAUCAAGAAGAGGAAACUUUGAAAACCAAGCCUCAUUGGAUACAAGAGUUGAAGAGAACGGAGAUCAGGUACUGAUGGCGACUCUGGAAUCAAAACAAUCCGAUGCGACCGACUCAUUAGAUAUUCCAGAGCAUCUUGAAGAAGCUAGCCUUCCCCAGGAAUCAGCUGAUAAUAGUCAACUGUCUCCUGAAUCAUUUCAAGUAGAUGGGGAAAGAGCAUUGGAGGUGCCAGAGCAGCCAAAGACGGUGAAGAGUAGAAAUCAAUUAGUCAAAGAACGGAGAAAUGCUGGUUACAGCUAUGAGAGUGAAAAGAGUAAGGAACUAAAAGCGGCGAGGAGAUUUGCUAGCUACGAAACCUCAUGUGAAAAGUGUCAUUUCAGAGGACUUAGUUGCAACACAUUUAGUUGCAACACUCGUGAAGCUAUUAGAUCAGCUUUUUAUGACCUUGCUGAUCUGACAAAGCAGAGAGAAUGGAUUGGACGGCACACCGAACAGAUUCAAGAAAAGAAGUCAAGAAAGAUCAGAAAAUGUGCGUAUUUCCUGCCCAAUGCAGGUGAUCCAUGCAUUAAAGUUCGUGUAUGCAAAGCGAUGUUCGUGGGAACAUUAGGUAUAUCAGAGAGGCAAGUGAAGACCGUGCUUGGAAAGAAGAGACCAUACGGCUGCCUUGAAGGUGAAGGAAGGGGUGGCAGGCAGACGUCUGACAGAGACGCUCUAUUACGUGAAGGGGUGAAGCGGCACAUUAAUCAAUUUCCGCGUCAAGAAUCUCAUUAUUGUCGGGCCAACAGUCGAUGUGAAUACCUUUCAGAAGAUCUCAAUCCUGAGAUCAUGUAUCGCAUGUACAAUUCAUCUACAGAAGGUACAGAGGAAUGUGCUUCUUUAUCUCUUUACAGGAAGGUUCUGAAGAAGAUGAAUAUCAAGUUCCAUCAUCCGAAAAAGGACAUGUGCCCCUUGUGCGAAACCUACAGACGUGGGAAUCCCAAAGAGAGGGAAGAAAUUGCAGGGGCAUACAAAGUUCACAUUGCUGAAAAAGAAAAAGUAAGAGAGUUGAAGAGUCUUGCUAAGGAAAGAGCUUUAGUUGACCACACAUUUGUCUCUGCAGUUUUCGAUCUGGAGCAGGUCAUUUACUUGCCGAAGUCCCCACAAUCUGACAUUUUCUACAAACGUAGACUCAGCAACUACAACUUCACGAUAUAUGAACUUGCAAGCAAGGACGGAUGGUGCUUUCUUUCACACGAGUGCGAAACAAAAAGAGGAUCCUGUGAAAUUGCCUCACACGUCCAUCGGUACCUUAACAGUCUAGAUGAGAGGGGUGUGAAACAAGUAGUGUUCUACUGUGAUGGCUGUGUCGGUCAAAAUAAGAACUCUAUCAUCCCAACAAUGCUGCAACAUUUCAUCGGAAAGGCUAAGUCCGUUGAAUCGGUCACAGUUAAUUACUUCCCUACAAACCACGGACAAAGUGAGGGUGAUGCCAUGCACAGCGUCAUAGAACGAAGCAUUAGACGUGUGAAAGAAGUCAUGGUACCGACUCAAUUGAGCACCAUUUGUGCGAUGGCUCGUCUUCACCCCAUCCUUAUCAUGUAGUAGAAGUCCAAUCAAGAGAUAUUGAUGAUUGGAAGUCUGUUGGUCAACAGAAAGGUAUUCUGCGAGUCCGAACCUCUGAGGGUGGACAAACCGUAGACUGGAAGAAAUUCAUGGCUAUGAAGGUCGUGAAAGGUGAAGUGGAUUCCGUGUACUUCAAGUAUUCUCACACUGAUGAAGAAUUUGAUGUGAUCAGGACAAACCAGACACGGAGAGGUGUAGAAGAGGUCACUGAAGUAACACCCGAGCCUCUCUACAGGAAUGGCCCACCAAAGCUAUCUUUGGGUAAAUAUCAGGAUCUCAAGGCCCUCUGCAGCGGCACUACACCUGCAGUCUGGCACCCACUCCACCAGGCUUUUUAUGAUAAGCUGCCUCACUACUAAACUAUGCUACCCAAAUGAUAUCAGUUAAUUAAUGCUUUCAUAUUCUUUGUUUCCAUAAAAAGUAAUCACUGACCAGUUCAUAUCUGAAAUGUAGAGUUGAAUCUGCUAGAUUGUGACGAGCUGUGUUUGUCAUUAUGAUACUUUGCGUAUUUUCAUAUGAGCGAUUUCAAUUUUUGUUGAAAAUCAAAUCUUAAAAAAAAAGAACUUGUUUAUAAAUGAUUCACAAUUGAGACUAAAAAAAUACUUUUGCAUGACAUCGAAACGAAAAUUACUUAUUUCAUUGGUAUGAGAUGUAUCUAGCACAAGAGAUAAUAUAUCAAUGACAUAUUAAUUAAAUGAUUUGUAUUGAAUGAUGCAUUCUUUGGGAUAUUACAUUCAUAGUUACGAAAUUAAGCUGGCUCAUUUUUUUUUUUUUUUUUUCAUCUGUAAAUAUUGAAGUUUUAAUAUAAGGAAUAGACUAUAGAGAUGAAAUUAUCAAAUGAAUUGACGAGAAAUAAUCAAUUCUUUUGAAUAUUGUGUCAAUAUGAUAUUUAUUGUACUCAAGACAAGUGAUAUUUUACCAUUUCCAUCUGUAAAUAAUGCAGUUUAAAAACAAAAUGUAAUACACUGAAAUAAUUAAAUGAAUUGACGAGAAAUAAUCAAUUCUUUUGAAUAUUGUGUCAAUAUGAUACUUAUUGUACUCAAGACAAGUGAUAUUUUAACAUUUCCAUCUGUAAAUAAUGCAGUUUAAAAACAAAAUGUAAUACACUGAAAUAAUUAAAUGAAUUUAUGAGAAAUAAUACAUUCUUUUCAAUAUUAUAUUUCUAUGAGAUGUAUCUGGCUCUUUCAGAACAUUGGUAUUUCUUAUCUGUAAAUGAUACAGCUUUAAAGAGAAAAAAAUUAUAUGAAGAUGAAAUGAUUUGAUAACAUGUGUUGAAGAUAAAUGAUGUUUUCUUUGGAAUAAUACAUUCCUAUGAGAUGUAUCUGGCUCAUUCCUUUUUUUAUCUGUAAAUAAUGCAGUUUAAAUAGAACUCUGAAUUUACUACGGAUAUGAAAUAAUUACAAUAAUUAAAAAUAAAUAAUGCAUUUGUUAAAUGAUGUGUUGAAAUUUAAUAUUUAUAUCCGUCAAUAAUGCAGUUUAGAAAUAACAUAAUGAAGUAAACUUGGAAAUGGAAAAUACGAGAUGUAUCAAGGACUAGAAUUUAAUGUUUCUAUCUGUAAAUAGUGUAGUUUAAAAAAAAUAACAAUGAAGUAUACAUUGGAAAUAGAAUAACUACAUGAAUGGAAGAAAAGUGAUACAUAAUUUUAAAUAUUUCAUUAUUGUGAUGAAUCUGACGAAAGAGAUCUUGGUGAAAUUUUGAUAUUUCCAUCUGCAAACAAUGAAGUUUAACAAGAUUCUAUGGAAAUCAAAAUGAAUAGAAUGUGGAAAAGUUAUAUAUCCUUUUGAAUAUUCCUAAGACAUGUGCAUAAUUGAAUAUAUUUCAUGCAGAGUUGUGAGGAAUAGGAUUAUUAAAAUCCUCUAAUUUGAUGUCCAAUAUAUCACUUUUUCAUUAAUAGAGACAAAGGUUUUACUUUAUACAACUGAUAUAAAGAGUCAAAUCACGAGGACUUCUUGAUGACUGGAUAUGAAGAAACAAAAAAAAACAAAAAUUGAAAUAACAUUCCAUCAUUGUCCAUUCUUUUUUGUCUCAAUGAGAUCUAAACAAACAUUAUGCCAAAAUGUCAAUGUGUGUGAUUUUUUUUUUAAAGGAAUUGUAAUUCGUCUUGCCUAUUUCAGAUUUUGUUCUGUCUGUAAAUAUUUCUGUUAAAUAUGUUGCAAAUACUAUGGAAUGAAAUAAUAUGAUGAUUAUUAAAAGAUAAAAAGACACAAUUGAUAAAUAAUCUAUGUUUGUUUAUUUUUUUUGAUAUUUGAAGCAGGCAAUGGACGUGUGUAUCUAAAUCCUUUGUUUCCAUGCAUGUCUGAUUUAUCUGAUUUUCUUAAUUUAAAGUGCCUUAUGAAAUUACUGCA